GACCGUUUGGCGAAGAUGGCGGACUUGUUGUCGUCAGGUCUGGGAGAGGAACAGGAGAAGGAGAAGGAGGACAAGGAGUGGGGCGGGAAGGCUGCCAAAACAGAGGAGAACCAGGAGAAAGACGGAGUCACAGAGACGUUGGGGUUCAACGAUAAAAAUGGAGGCAGUAAGGGGAAGAAACGCAACCUGUCAGACUUGUCCCUGGUCAGAUUUAUAACCACUGAGCUGACCAGAGGAUACUUCCUGGAACACAAUGAGGCCAAAUACACCGAGCGCAGAGAGAGGGUCUACACCUUCCUCCGUAUCCCCAAAGAGCUGGAAAAGUUGAUGACAUUCGGCUUCUUCCUCUGUCUGGAUGCCUUCCUCUAUGUUUUCACCCUGCUGCCCCUCAGGGUGAUUCUGGCCCUUUUACGGCUCCUCACGGUGCCUUGCUGUGGCCUCAGUGGCUCCCGCCUGCUCCAGCCAGCUCAGGUGUGUGAUGUGCUGAAAGGCUUCAUCAUGGUGCUGUGUUACACUAUGAUGAGCUACGUGGAUUACUCCAUGAUGUACCACCUUAUCAGGGGACAGUCUGUUAUCAAACUGUACAUCAUAUACAACAUGCUAGAGGUGGCGGACCGCCUGUUCUCCUCAUUUGGUCAGGACAUCCUGGACGCUCUGUACUGGACAGCCACCGAACCCAAGGAGAAGAAGAGAGCGCACAUAGGCGUGAUACCUCACUUCCUCAUGGCUGUGCUCUACGUCUUUCUCCAUGCCAUCCUCAUCAUGGUUCAGGCCACCACUCUAAACGUCGCCUUCAACUCCCACAACAAGUCCCUGCUCACCAUCAUGAUGUCAAACAACUUUGUGGAGAUCAAAGGAAGCGUGUUCAAGAAGUUUGAAAAGAACAACCUUUUCCAGAUGUCCAACAGUGACAUAAAAGAGAGGUUCACCCACUACAUCCUCCUGCUCAUCGUCUGUCUGAGAAACAUGGAGCAGUUCUCAUGGAACACUGACCAUUUGUGGGUGCUGUUUCCUGAUGUCAUCAUGGUGAUAGCCUCCGAGGUUGCCGUGGACAUUGUGAAGCACGCCUUCAUCACCAAAUUCAAUGACAUCAGUGCUGAUGUGUACGGAGAAUACAGAGCCAGCCUUGCCUUUGACCUUGUCAGCAGUCGACAGAAAAACGCUUACACAGACUACAGUGACUCAGUAUCCAGAAGAAUGGGCUUCAUCCCCCUUCCUUUAGCUCUGCUGUUGAUCCGAGUAGUAACCAGCUCAGUGAAGAUCCAGGGUUCGCUCUCCUUUAUGUGUGUGCUGCUGUUCUACCUGGGGAUGAUCACUCUGAAGGUGCUCAACAGUAUCAUUCUGCUGGGGACGUCCUGUGUGUUUGUCAAAGAGGCCAAGAUGGAGGAGAAGCUCUUCAACCCUCCACCCUCAGUUGUCUCCAGCCGCGCAAACUCCCGAACUCACCGCUCCAAACACGAUCCCACUUCACCACCGCAAGAACCCACGACUGAAAAAGGAGGAACAUCUCCGGCAGCAGACAGCUCCGCGCCUGUCAACGCGGCGGAGAGCUCUGCCCCGACAUUCCCCAAAAGCGACUCGGACACAUUCUUGACCACGCCAGACGAGGAGGACGAUGACAAGAUCAACGCCAAUACGGGACUGGAAGGGGACAGAACGCCCAAGAAAGAUUUGCUGGAAAUAGACCGCUUCACCAUCUGUGGCAACCGAAUAGACUGAAUGCCACAUAAAAGGACCAGUCAGCGUUAAAACCUGGCUUCAUAGUGAGGUUCAGGGAUCAGACACGGGUCAUGGAGCAUGCUCAGACGUGUCUUAGCACCUGACCCCCGGAGUAUUUAUUUAUUUAUUACUGACAAAGCCAGCCAAGGCAUAAAGCUGUUACCACAAGCGUCAGAGGUCCCUGCAGAUUGUUUCACGGUACCUCGUGAACCAGGUAGACUCAGAGGAUGAGUCUUGGUUGUCGCGGCAACCUGAAGACGAGCUUUGCCGAUGGCGAAGAUUGGGAGAAAACUGGCGUGCAGAUUUGGAGCAGGGCACGAAGCGAGAAACCAAAACUGCACCUGUGAAAUAGGACAACACGGGUCGCCGUGUGAGUACGUGUUCACAAACACAAGCUCAUAUCUGUACAGUGCAGAGUUGUUUUUACAUUAUUUUCAUUUCAAAAGCUUGACGAAUUGUAAUAUUUGAAAUGAAGUUUUUAUGAAGAAUCGUAGGUAUUUUUUAAAAUGUAGCUGCCGGUAAUGAUCGUAAUACACGGAGCACGGACGCGGCGCCGCACACGCACCCAUUAUAAUCAGCUGCAGCUGCUCCGCUGGCCGCACAAUCGGCAAGCACGGCACUGCUCGUCAUAAAAAACAAGUGCAUCCAUUCACAAAUGAUUUAAAAAUACAUACCUACUCGUACCAGAGACUCAUCAAAGCAACCUUGCGGGUGUUUUUACAUUUCACAUGACAGUAAAUCGAUCAAAUCAAUGUGUUUUUCAGUGAACCGGUAAUUAAAAUCAAUCCAGUUCAUGAAUUCAGAAACAGUUUCUGUAUUAUAUGUAAUUGGCAAAACUCAAAGUGCACACAGUGUCACCGAGCCGCCCCGGCUCAUCAUUGACGCAUCCGUGCCCCGUGUAUUUUGGCUGACUCAUAAUCACAUUAACACAUUAUUGAAAUCUCCAAAUUGCUCUGCAGACACACACAUUUAAAAUGAUUUUGUUUAAAGCGAGUUACUCGCUGUCGGACAUGGCUGCAGUGACGCAAAGUCCGGUCUGUUCCCGGAGGCGAUUUUACCUUUUAGAUGCAGGUAAACAUUUUGGAAGUUUUUGUAUCAAGCAGUUUGUUUCGAUAUUGUUCCUUUGAAGCACUGAGAGAAGAUGCUGCCUGUUUGUAAAAUACACAAGUUUUUAUUUUGAAGUGGACUCCAUUGCCAGAACAUUUUGGAUGAUGUUUCUUUUUGAUGUGCGUUUUUUCUUUUUCUUCAAUAUGCUUCAUCAUUCAAGUCGUCUACAUAUCACCACUGUGUUCUCGAGCGCAUUUCAAAUUCACGGUGCGAGGCACCGGCAUACCAGCAUCAAUUCAGCCUGUUUUAUAAUUGAGAUUACAUGGAGGAAGGUGAAAUGUUAAAGGAUACCUGAAGGCAGAGACACAGUGAUGAAUAACAGGAAACGUAAAGGAGGAGCAUAGAGCACUAUUUGAACCCCGCUGCACAAUAACAACAGUCUUUAACCCUAAAGGUUGCUGGCUUUGGUUACUGAGAGAAGCCCAAAUGACCCAUGUCAAAAACUAGCCCCAAGUUCUCUCACAACAUUUCAUUAAAAUCGAGCCACACUAAAUGAUUCCGUUUUGUGAAAAAGAAAAACCUGUGAUCUUUGAAAGAAGAUGCAACAAAACAGAUCGUCUUUUAAUGACUCUCACAGAAAAUAAGGAAUUAGAGUUGAAACUGGGACAAUAGAUGAAAUAAGAAUUGCACAUCGUACUUUGUUAAUAACAGGGAAGCAAACAGAGAAGUCCACAGUACUCUACUUUUAUUUCUCAUGUUUCAGUAAAUGGGCAUUCUGGUUUUUUCAUCGAACACCAGGUAUUUAUUGUUCAUAAGAAAUAUGAUUGGCUUCAAUGUAAUACACGAGAGGGCACAAGCGGGUCAAAUCUAACCCGACCAGAGGAAAGUCAAUACAGUAAAAUAAAUAAGUGUGCUUCUGUGUGCGCGUGUGUGUGAGAGAUCAUUUGCAGUACAUGAAUGGAUCGCACUACAUACUAUAUGUAUGCAUCGGAUAUUUCAUUGUUUUUAAUUUGUCAUGUCCAUAUCAUUUAUGUAACAUAUUUUCUACAUGGUAGAAGAAGAAUAAACCAAGAUUUUGUUUCGUAA